GUGCGGAUUGACAGUGGGAGCCCUGGCGCCGGACGCGGGGCUCGGUGACAGCGGAGGCGGCGGCCGCGGGCUGGACAUAGGGAGCGGCGGCGGCGCCGACGGCAGCGUGAAAGGGCGGGCAGGGCGGGCCUUCCCGGUGGCGCGGAGCCGGAGGAGUCCGGGAGGGGGCGGCAGGCGCAGCUCGCGGGCCGGACACCUGAACUUGGGACAAGUUGCCGGAGCCGCGGGGGACAGGCGGCGGACGGAUUGACCUUCAGAGAUAGGGAGCCAGUGCCAGUGGCCGCCAUGGCGUCGCGCAUCGGCUGCGGAUGCAGCUCAUGCGGGAGCAGGUACAGCAGGAGGAACAGCGGGAGCGCAUGCAGCAGCAGGCCGUCAUGCAUUACAUUGCAGCAGCAGCAGCGCAGCAGCAGCAGCAGCAGCUGGGUGGGCCGCCCACCCCGGCCAUCAACACCCCCGUCCACUUCCAGUCUCCGCCACCUGUGCCUGGGGAGGUCCUGAAGGUGCAGUCCUACCUGGAGAACCCUACCUCCUACCACCGCAGCAGUCCGGGACCAGAAGGUGCGGGAGUAACCUGUCCGAGACCUACGGGAACAAGUUCGCCGCCCACAUCAGCCCCCGCCCAGGGCUCCCCGAAGCCCCUGCCCGGCUGCCUCCCCGGGGGUGCGGGCCGGACACGUGAUGUCCUCCUCAGCUGGCAACAGUGCUCCCAACAGCCCCAUGGCCAUGGUUGCACAUUGGCUCCAACCCCGAGAGGGAGUUUGAUGUCAUCGACAACAUUAUGUGUCUGGAUGACGUCCUGGGCUUCAUCAAUCCUGAAACUCAGAUGCCAACACGCUUAG